AGUGACCAAUAGGCUACCUGGUUAUGCUCAUUCGAUUGAUGAUCGGUUUACGUAUUUUUUAACUUGCUCCUUCUUUUGUUUCUAAUGCCGUAUUGCCCGAUGUAUCUUCUACCGUUUUUCUUCGCCAUUUUUACCUUUUAGUGUUUCUUGGGGUUUAUCCCUUUUUUCCAACAAUAAAAAGGGCAAAACAAAUUUACCAAAAAGAAAAUAGAGGGACUUUGACCAAUAGAGUAGAAUUUCAAGUGAAAGUUGGAGCAAGAUCAUUUGUUAGCCAAAGCCGUUGACAGUAGUAAACAUAAUAACACACUCACUAGUCACUCCCCAACCACCUUCAACCAAGGAGCCAUGGCUUGCGUUUACAAGAAUCCCGAAGAGCAAAUUGAAGCUCGUGUGAAGGACCUUCUUUCUCGCAUGACUCUGAGGGAGAAGAUUGGUCAGAUGACCCAAAUUGAGCGCACUGUUGCCACCUCUUCUGCCAUUAGAGAUCUCUCCAUUGGGAGCAUACUCAGUUCUGGUGGCAGUGCACCAUUUGAAAAUGCACUGUCGUCUGAUUGGGCUGAUAUGGUGGAUGGCUUUCAAAAAUCAGCUCUUCAGUCGCGACUGGGAAUACCUCUCAUCUAUGGGAUUGAUGCAGUUCAUGGUAAUAAUAGUGUCUAUGGCACUACCAUAUUUCCUCACAAUAUUGGCCUUGGAGCUACUAGGGACAGCGAUUUAGUUCAAAGAAUUGGAGCUGCUACAGCACUUGAAGUUAAAGCUUGCGGAAUUCACUAUAAUUUUGCUCCGUGUGUGGCGGUCUUGAAAGAUCCUAGAUGGGGAAGAUGCUAUGAGUGUUAUAGCGAGGAUACUGAAAUAGUCAGAAAGAUGACUUCCAUUGUUUCAGGUUUGCAAGGCCAGCCUCCACAAGGACAUGAACAUGGAUACCCUUUUGUAGCUGGAAGGAACAAUGUCAUUGCCUGUGCCAAGCAUUUUGUUGGAGAUGGAGGUACUUACAAAGGUGUGAAUGAGGGAAAUACUAUAUUAUCUUAUGAAGACUUAGAUAGAAUCCACAUGGCACCUUACUUAGACUGCAUUUCCCAGGGAGUUUCAACCAUUAUGGCCUCCUAUUCUAGCUGGAAUGGACGCCAACUCCAUGCUGACCAUUUUCUUAUAACUGAAAUCUUGAAAGAUAAGCUAGGUUUUAAGGGUUUUGUGAUUUCUGACUGGGAAGGACUUGACCGACUGUGCCUGCCUCAUGGAUCAGAUUAUCGGUACUGCAUCUCCUCUGCUGUCAAUGCGGGAAUUGACAUGGUGAUGGUGGCUUUUAGAUUCAAAGUUUUCAUUGAAGAGUUGACCUCCCUAGUUGAAUCAGGGGAAGUACCUAUCAGCAGAAUUGAUGAUGCUGUUGAGCGAAUUUUGAGAGUAAAGUUCGCUGCUGGUCUUUUCGAAUUUCCUUUAAGUGACAGAUCUUUGUUAGAUAUAGUUGGUUGCAAGCCACAUAGAGAUCUAGCACGUGAAGCAGUUCAGAAGUCCUUGGUUUUGUUGAAAAAUGGAAAAGAUCCUAGCAAACCUUUUCUUCCAUUGACUAAGAAUGCUAAGAAAAUCCUUGUUGCUGGAACACACGCCAAUGAUCUUGGAUAUCAAUGUGGAGGUUGGACUAAAACUUGGUAUGGAAUGAGUGGGCAGAUCACAGUUGGGACAACAAUUUUGGAUGCUGUGCAGGCAACUGUGGGAGCAGAAACAGAAGUUAUAUAUGAGAAAUAUCCGUCCGAGAACACCAUAGAACGCAAUGAAUUCUCUUUUGCAAUUGUAGCUAUUGGUGAAGCUCCAUAUGCCGAGACCUUGGGUGACAAUUCAGAGCUUACAAUCCCCUUAAAUGGAGCAGAUAUCAUAAGCCUAGUUGCUGACAGAAUCCCAACUCUUGUUAUUCUGAUAUCUGGAAGACCUUUAGUCUUAGAGCCAUUGCUAUUGGAUAAGAUUGAUGCUCUUGUUGCUGUUUGGUUGCCAGGAAGUGAAGGAGAGGGAAUCACAGAUGUUAUCUUUGGCAGUCAUGGCUUCAAAGGUAAACUACCAGUGACUUGGUUCAGAAGAGUUGAACAGCUUGAUCAGCCAGCUGAUGCAGUUAAUUCAUGUGAACCAUUAUUUCCUCUUGGUUUUGGGCUGGCAUAUAACUAAAACUAGCAGAAUUUACAUGAAUAAAAAUGCUAAAAGUACCCUAAGAUAGGCAAGGACUUAAUAAAAGUAGAUUGUGAAUAAUACUUGCCUUCCAUAUUAGUUAAUAAUCCCCAGGGUACAAUUGAGAUGGGUAGAAAUUGUGUGACAGCUUGUAUAUAUAUUUAAAAGUUAAAAUUUGCUUUACAAGAGCUUCCAAUAUACCAACCAUAAUCAGUUUGUCCCUUCACA